GCGUGCGGGGGAGGCCCUGUGUGUGUGUGUGAUCUCUGAGCUCUGCAGUGAUUGGCUGGACAUUCCUGAUGACCCCGCCUACAUCUGGACCCGUGAUGGAGUGACCCUCACACACACACACACACACUCGACCCUCACACACACACACUCUCAUCGCGUCCACACACACGGAAAAGCUCUGCUCUUCCUUCCCCUCAUGCUGAACGACUCUGGAGUUUACUAUCUACACAGGCUUGAAAUGGGACGUAAGGUGUGUGAGGCUGAAAAAAACAUAAUUGUGAUGGACGUCCCCCUUGGACACGAAGAUCUCCUAUUCAGAACCCCUCCAACACAGGAUGUCAGCCCAAGCCUGGAAUGCCCUGAUGAAACCUCUGAUCUGUGUGACAGUGGCCGUGGGCACAUCAACUGGUAUAAGGAUUCCCAGCUGCUCCCAGGUGAGUCUGGGAAAAUUGUGAGGGUUCUGAAUGCGAUUGAGUCGGACGAAGGGGUUUACACCUGUGUGUGUACCUGGCAACACGGCAAACACACCUUCAACACCUCCGACUCUACCAGACUGGAGCUGGAAGAACACUCUACCCUUCUUCAACCUAAAAUCAUACAUCCUGCCAACGGAUCCACAGUCACCUGCCAACUGGGGUUUGGUGUGGAGCUGGAGUGUUCUGGCUCAUGUGGGUCCGUCACGCAGCACUGCAACGUCAGCUGGGACACACACACACACAUGCUGGUCAUCAGUGAGGUGUCUCAUGAGGAUCUGCACACACACUUCAGAUGCACAGCCUCCAACCCUGCUGAGUGGACAUCAGUGACCAUCGCUCUCAAACAAAAAGAGUCCCUCCUCUCUGUGGUCCAUGUGUGUGCGGGUGUGCUGCUUUUCCUCCUCUUGGUUGCCAUGGCAGUGAGAUGGUUUGCAAUCGAUCUCACUCUUCUCUUCCGAUCAGCUCGAAGGACUGAAGACGGUAAGGUGUAUGACGCGUACGUGGUGUAUCCGAGGGAUUGUGUGUGCGGGGACGCUAUAACGGAGUGUGUGUGUGAAGACGCUCUCUCAGUGUUCCUCAACUCCAGCUUGCCAGCGGUUCUGGAAGACCAGUGCGGCUACAAACUCUUCAUUCACGGAAGAGACGACCUACCUGGAGAAGAUCAGGCAGAGCAGGUGGAGAGGUGCAUGCGCCUCAGCCGGCGACUCCUCGUUGUCAUGACAACAGUGGCGUCAGGUGGGGCGCAGGUGGUGGCCCCGCCCCUGGAGCAGUUUGAUUGGCAGAUGGGGCUCCACCGCUCUCUGGUGCAGGAGGACAUGAGUGUCAUCAUGGUGCAGGUGGGGGAGGGGCACACACACACACCCCCUGGGCUGCAGCUGCUGCUGAAGAAGAGCGCCCCCCUCAGGUGGGAGAUGGGAGUGCGAGGAGCAAACUGCCCCACCUCACGCUUCUGGAAGAGAGUCCGCUACAUGAUGCCCCCCCCACCACCAACACCACCAUCAGACCACCAGAGUCUCCACACCAUCCAGCUCAUCUAG